AUGAUGAAUUUUUUUGCUGCGUCUCUUGUUAAAACAAGUUUUGAAACAGAAAAGAAAAACAGCGAUGAUCAUUUCAAAUUUUCAGGUUUACUAGCGACUAUGGCAAGACCCAAACCACCAACGGAGGGUACUCCUCUUUGUAAUGUGGAACACAUCGAGUUUGAGUCCAGGGCAGACGACAUCAAAGCCGGCCUUAUCGAUACAUUUUUGAACUUGCAGAGGAUUGACACCAACUUGUACAUUGCUCGCCAUCUUCUCAAAGGUCGUCACUCUUAUAACGCGGUUUAUGGCGGGCAGGUAGUCGGCCAAUCGCUUGCGGCAGCUGCUGCAACAGUCGAAGAUUGCUUCAUACCACACUCUUUACACAGCUAUUUCAUCAAAACAGGCAGUGUCGAUAAGCCCAUUCUAUACAUGAUAGAUCGGAUUCGCGAUGGACGAAGUUUUUGUACAAGAGUUGUCAAAGCGGUUCAAGAUGGGGAGGCGAUUUUUUCAUGCCAAAUCAGCUUCCAUCAUAAAGAACCAGAUGCAAUCAAGCAUAGUUCAAGAAUGCCGGAAGUUGCGGCACCGGAAGAAUUACUUCCUGCGCGCGAAGCAGCUCUUGAAGUGUUGAGAAGUAAUAGCGUGGACGAAGUCACCGCUGGAGUGAUUCAACAUUUUUUGAAAGAGAUUCCUGAUGCGUUCGAAAGAGUUUUUGAUGUGAGACCAGUGAAUCCAGCAAAAUACUUAUUGAAAGAAGAUACUGAGCCAAUGUCCAUGAUUUGGAUUCGUGCCAGAGAAAAUUUAGGUGACGAUACCCGUCUCCACCAAUGUGUUGCCGCAUAUUUGACCGAUCUUAGCAUGUUGACCACGGCUGUUCGUCCGCACAUUAGAAAGGGUUUCAUUCCGUCGAUGUCUUUCUCUCUCGACCAUUGUGUCUGGAUUCAUGAGAACGAGUUCAGAAUGGAUGAUUGGAUGUUAUAUGAAACUGUGAGCUCAAAAGCAGGAGGAAGUCGAGCAUUCAUUGAGGGUCGAUUGUGGUCUCGCGAUGGACGCCUAAUUAUUUCUACUGCACAGGAAGCAUUGGUUCGAGCUCCAAAAGUUUGA